GAGAAAAAUAUGUUUUGGAGAAUUUCUUUUUGGAUAUAUACUUCGGUUUCCUUUAUCUUACUUGUAUGUGCUAUUCUUCGAGCUUUCUGGUAUCACGUGUAUUUCUAUAGAGCACUAAACUAUUUUUUGGUUUCCAAGUUUUCCUUACUUACACUUGGAAACUUUGUGGCGUCAUUGGCGUUAUGUGUCGGCAAGGGUCUACAAUUGCUUUUAUUAGGAAGCCUCCGUUCAAGAGAGGUUGAAAUGUUAACCUAUAGAACUAAAGAGACUAUCUUGGAAACUUUUCUUGCCAUGUCCAUUUUUCGUGAAGAGUUUGGAGUUGGUUUCCUUGUGUUGUUCGCAGUGCUUUUGUUUUUCAAAAUAUUUCAUUGGAUUGCCAAAGACCGUGUUGACUUUGUUGAAGAAACCCCCAAUCAAACUUGGCAGCAACGUGUGAGACUUUCCUGUCUAUUAUUUCUCUUAACAGUUUGUGACGUGAGCUUUUUGAUAUAUUCUAUUCAAAAAGUGGCACUCAAUGGUUCGUCCUUUUUUGUUCUGUUUGCAUUUGAGUUUGGUAUUUUGUUAAUUGCCCAAUUAUUUGCAGCAGUCAAAUAUACUUUGGUGUCGAUCGAUAUUUCUCACGGAGGACAAUGGGAACCUCGUACAGUUUGGAUGUUUUGGAGUGAAAUUGUCUCCGAUUUGUUGCAAUUGUGUGCCUAUAUGUCAUUCUUUACAUAUAUACAUAUGGUCUAUGCGUUGCCAUUGCAUAUUGUCCGAGAUAUGUAUGUGACUAUUCGACGUCUCCAAAAACACUAUACCGAAUACUUAAGAUAUAAGCAAGUAAUGGCAACUAUGAAUGAACGGUUUCCAGAUGCCACUUGGGAUGAAAUCAAUCGCGUGGAUAAAACUUGUAUUAUUUGUAGAGAGGAAAUGCAUCAUGCUAAAAAACUUUCAUGUGGUCAUUUAUUUCAUCCUAAAUGUUUGUUAAGUUGGUUGAAAAGACAGUUGUCCUGUCCUACUUGUAGAGCCUCUGUAGAUCUGUCAAAUGACAAUCAGAAUGGUACAGUCUCUCGUGGAAGUCCAAGAGAUGCAAGACAGAUGGAAAAUCCAGUAGGGAGAAGACUAGUGGAGAAUCAAGAUAUUAAUGGUCAAAGAGGACGUACUUUAAGGAUUGGUCUCCGCUUCAAUAUUGGAAGCCAAGCUACGGAAUGGAAUCCAUUCAAUGAAGGUCUUCUCCAUGCAUUGCAUGAAGGAAGACAUUCCAUUUCUAUGCAUUCUUAUCCUUCCACUCUUCCUCGUUUCGAACCCGUUUUGAGGAAUGGAGAACAAAAUGUUUUGAACGACAAUACAACUUCCUAUCAAAGACGAAAUGUCCAUUUUGAAGAUAUAGCACUGAAAUUGCAGAGAAUUCAAGACCAUAUGAAUAACUCGAGAUUACAAUAGGCAUCUUGUAUCCAUCUGUCUAGUUAGCUCAUAUUACCAAGGCAUAUUGCGAAGACUAAAUGGGAGACAAAGUUGGAAUAGAAAACCAAAAUGAACGAGACUCACCUGUUGGAUGAGUUUUCUCGCCUCAAUAAUAGACUGCGUUCAUAAUGAGUAUAUUUGCAAGUAGAAAUAGAGUUUGGUGAUGAAGUCGCUAUUGCCAUAAGUUUCUGCUUAUAAAAUUCGUCACUGAGUAUAUGUUAUUACAUUGAAUGGCUUCUUACCGGUGACUGACUGCAGAAUAGACUAUAAGUAACGGACUUGCGUUUUUUUGUUAUGAAUUUGUUCAAUUUCGUCAAUAAGCGUCCGAUUUCAAUGGAACAUUUAUAAACCUUAUCUCGUAUUCUCCAAUGAAUUUUGAUGACGUCAU